AUGCAAUGUUCUUGGAAGGCUGUCCUCCUACUUGCUUUGGCCUCCAUUGCUAUCCAGUACACAGCUAUCCGCACCUUCACAACCAAGUCCUUCCAUAGCUGUCCUGUACCUAACCCAAUGAACUGCACCCUGAACCAGGAGGCUGAAUCAGCUGACAGACUGUGUGAUGAAAGCCCGACGUUUGCUUAUAACCUCUCCAGAAAGACACAUGUCCUGAUCUUGGCAACCACCAGAAGUGGCUCCUCUUUUGUUGGGCAGCUCUUUAACCAGCACUUUGAUGUCUUCUAUUUAUUUGAGCCCCUCUACCAUGUCCAGUACACCUUGAUCCCAAAGCUGACACAGACCAAGGGUUCCACAGACCGACGGAUCAUGCUGGGGGCUGGCAGAGAUUUGCUGAGGAGCCUCUAUGAUUGUGAUCUCUAUUUUUUGGAAAAUUACAUCAAACCCCAGCCCAUCAACCAUACAACAGACCGGCUCUUCCGGAGAGGGGCCAGCAAAGCUCUUUGCUCCCCACCAGUCUGUGAGACAUCGAUGCCUGUCGAUAUUCCCCUGGAAGAAGGGGAUUGCGUAAAAAAAUGUGGCACUUUGAACCUGACCCUUGCCACUGAAUCGUGCAAAGACCAUGGGCAUGUUGCUAUCAAAACAGUGCGGGUGCCUGAGGUCAAUGACCUCCGAGCCUUAGUGGAUGAUCCCAGGCUCAACUUGAAAAUUAUACAACUGGUGAGGGACCCCAGGGGCAUCCUCGCUUCCAGGAGUGAGACAUUCAGAGACACAUACAGACUUUGGCGGAUUUGGGAUGGCACAGGCAGGAAGCCCUAUAACCUGGAUGUGACACAGCUCACUACUGUCUGUGAGGACUUUUUGAACUCUGUUUCCACUGGACUAAACCGGCCACCGUGGCUCAAGGGCAAGUAUAUGUUAGUGAGGUAUGAAGACCUGGCCAGGAAUCCCUUGAAAAAGACUGAGGAGAUGUAUGAAUUCCUUGGCAUCCCAAUGGACAGCAAUGUGGAACGGUGGAUACAGAACAACACCAGAGGAGACAGAUCUGCAGCCAAACACAAGUAUGGAACUGUCCGAAACUCAGCAGCAACUGCAGAGAAGUGGCGGUUCCGCCUCUCCUAUGAAAUUGUGGCGUUUACGCAGAACGCGUGCCAGCAAGUGUUGGUACAACUGGGUUACAAACUGGUGUCCUCUGAAAAAGAAUUAAAGAACCUGUCCAUCAGUCUGGUGGAAGAGAAGGACUUCUCGCCCUUCUGGUAA